AUGAUAGCUUUGAGUUUGGGUUCCCUAUUUGAAGACUAUAACUUGUUCUUGUUUUCUUCAACCAAACAACACACGAAGCUGUCACAUAUAUCAACCCAAAACUAAAAACACCAACGAACGCGGAAUCGCAAAAACAACAAACACGUUACUCCUUUUUCCAUUUUUUUUUUUAAAAAUAAACAAAGCAAAAACAAAAAACCACCGUGCCGUGUUAAGUUACGAUCAUUUCAACGACGGAGAUCGUAUUUCUCCGAUCAACACGUACGUUUUCAAGCGGCGAUUCGGAUCCACCGGAAUCCGAAGAAAAUCCGCUUUAACUAUAUUCGGAUCUUCUUUUCCACAUGCUUCGUGAAACUAUCUUCAUCUUGUUAUCUCUCUUCUUCUUCGGAUAUGCAGAUCCUGCUCCGAAAUGUACCCGGAGCAGUUCCUUCGUUGAUUUCGAAUCCGAAUUCGAAUUGGUUCAACAUCAACUUCGAGGCCAUUUCAAGAUCAUCGAUGAUUGUUCUUUUAGGGUUUCUCAAUUUGAUAUGCUUUCUGGUCUCGAUGUUCAUUUUUGGGGUGCACUCGCUUCUGAUUUCGAUAAUCUUACUUCCGGAUUCAUUGUUUCCGAUCAUAAACUAAAUCACACGUAUUCAAAUUUCACUUUCGAUGUUCAAUUGUUUCCUAAUAUUACUUGGGAUAUGAUUCAUGUUCUUGCUGUUUGGGAUCUUCCAACUGCAUCAAAUUUUGGUCAUGUUUUGAUUCAGAAUGUUACCACCGCUGCGGCAUCGGCUCCGUCUGGGAGUGAUGGAGAAACGAAGGUAAGUGUUGUUCAUACUGAGCCAACUAUGUUUGAUAAUUGUAAGGUUUUGAAUGAAGAUUUUAGGGUUCGUUGGAGUUUGAAUUUAAAAGAGGAUUCAAUUGAGAUUGGGUUAGAGGGUGCAACUGGGGUUAUGAAUUAUAUGGCUUUUGGUUGGGCUAACCCUAAUGCCACUGAUUCAGAGCUUAUGGUUGGUGCUGAUGUGGCGGUUACUGGGUUUAAGGAAGAUGGGUUGCCAUUUGUGGAUGAUUUCUACAUUACUAAGUAUAGUGAGUGUGUGAAAAACAGUGAGGAUGGAUCUGUUGAAGGGGUUUGUCCUGAUUCAAUCUACGAAGGACCGGAUAGAGUUGGUUUGGUGAAUGAUACAAGGUUAAUUUAUGGUCAUAGGAGUGAUGGGGUUUCAUUAGUUAGAUAUAAGAGACCUUUGAGUCAGGUUGAUGGUAAAUAUGAUCACCCUGUUAAUCAAUUUGCUAACAUGACUGUUAUUUGGGCUUUGGGAAAGAUUAGAGCUCCUGAUACGGUUUUGCCGUAUUAUCUUCCUCAGAAUCAUGGUGGUCUUCCUUUUGAGACUUUUGGUCACUUGGUUCUUAAUGUUUCUCAGCAUGUCAAUGAUUGUAAAGGUCCUUUGGAUGCUGGUGAUAAAGAGGAUCAAGAUAUCAUCAUUGCUGAUGCCAAAGUUCCCUUGGUUGUUUCCUCCGGUCCGGCUUGGCAUUACCCUAAUCCUCCAAAUCCUGUAAAGGUUAUUUACAUCAACAAAAAGGAAGCUCCUGUGUUGAGAGUUGAAAGAGGUGUGCCGGUCACGUUUUCUAUUCAAGCCGGGCAUGAUGUUGCGCUUUAUGUUACUUCAGAUCCCAUUGGUGGGAAUGCCACGUCGAGGAAUCUGACGGAGACUAUUUAUGCUGGUGGUUCUGAGGCUCAUGGAGUUCAGGCCAGUCCCAUGGAGCUAAUUUGGGCUCCUGACAGGAACACUCCUGAUCAGAUCUUCUAUCAUUCGGUGUAUGAGAAGAAAAUGGGUUGGAGAGUGGAGGUUGUGGAUGGGGGUCUAUCUGACAUGUAUAACAACAGUGUUGUUUUGGACGAUCAACAGGUUACUUUCUUUUGGACAUUGACGAAGGAUUCAAUAUCUAUUGCUGCUCGUGGUGAGAAAAAGAGUGGUUAUCUUGCCGUAGGAUUUGGCAGUGGAAUGGUAAACAGUUAUACUUAUGUGGGAUGGGUUGAUGACAAUGGUGUCGGUCGUGUUGACACUUACUGGAUUGAUGGACAGGAUGCCUCGAGUAUACAUCUUACACGUGAGAAUUUGACACAUGUGAGAUGCAAAAAUGAAAACGGCAUUAUUACCUUUGAAUUUACACGUCCCUUGGUUCCAGCUUGUAGUAAGAGGCCAGAAUGUAACAACAUCAUUGAUCCCACAACUCCACUUAAAGUCAUAUGGGCGAUGGGUAGUAGAUGGAGUAAUAAACAUCUCACUGAAAGGAAUAUGCAUACUGUUACCAGUAGUAGGCCUAUACGUGUUCAGCUGAUGCGCGGUUCUGCAGAAGCAGAGCAGGAUUUACUUCCAGUUUUGGCUGUGCAUGGUUUUAUGAUGUUUCUUGCAUGGGGUAUCUUGCUUCCUGGAGGUAUCUUGGCUGCCAGGUACUUGAAACAUUUAAAGGGUGAUAAUUGGUACAAAAUUCAUGUUUACUUGCAAUACUCAGGGUUAGCAAUAGUUUUUCUUGCACUUCUUUUUGCGGUUGCUGAGCUUCGCGGGUUUCAUGUUAGUUCCACACACGUUAAAUUUGGAAUUGCUGCUAUAUUUUUGGCUUGCAUACAACCAGUUAAUGCAUUCCUUAGGCCCCCAAAACAUUCAAAUGUGGAGUCGCCAACAUUGAAUAGGAUUAUCUGGGAAUACUUGCACAUAAUUGUUGGCAGAUCUGCCAUUGUUGUUGGCAUUGCAGCACUAUUUACCGGCAUGAAGCAUUUGGGAGACAGAUAUGCUUUGGAAAACGUCCAUGGACUUACUUGGGCAAUGAUAAUUUGGUUCUUAGUAGGUGCAUUGAGUAUUGCUUAUUUUGAAUACCGCGAGAAGCAGCGAGUAAGGGAUCGGAUAUUUGGAAGAGGCAAUUGGGUGCUUGGUAAUGAGGAAGAUGAUUCCCUUGAUCUCUUGAGUCCAACAAGUACACUUGCAACAAAUAAAGAGUCACAAGCCUCUGCAAGAAUGGAAGUCCAGUUAGAACCUUUAAACAGGUAGAUAAAUAGAUGCAUAUUUUAACUUGCCAUUGAAAGUCUCCAUUCUGCAGCACUUUUUGGCAAAUUCCUCAUUUAAUCUGAGCUUUCGGGAUUAUUCAUCAGUUACGAGGGUUGAGGCAGUUUUGAGGUGUAAAGGGAGCAGUUGCUCAUCAGUCUCUUUGUACUGAUGUUGCCAUUUUGUGAAGAGAGUAGCUUUCUCAUAGUCAUAUACAUGUUCAUUAGAUAGGUUAUAUCUUUUGUUCAAUCUAGCUGCUAUACUUUUUUCUUGUCCCCCAACAAAAAACAAGAAAUCAAACUUUACGAAGUGAAAGAUUUAUUGUAAUGUAGGUUGUGUUCCAUAAUAUUUUUGGGUGUACUUAAGACAUGGAAGGGCUAUCUAGCCAAAGAAUUGUUGUAAAUUAUGGGAUGCAGUUAACUAAUACUACAACACAACAUCAUUAAUUUUUUGUUUCAAUGUGAUUCUUUUUAGUUGUUCA